CUUUAUUCAUUUUCUUACCCUUCACUUUUUAUAAUCUCUUCUGAAGUCCCAACUGCCCCUCUUUCUCUCUCUCAGACCCCUCACAAGCCACAACACAGGCAGAUAUAAAUUUUGUAAAUCAAGUAGGCUUUGGGUUAUGCAAACCCACGUUAAAGACCCAUCUUUCAUGGAUUUCUUACCUCCUUGGUGAAGGGGAAAUGGGUUCUUGGAGCUAGUGAGGGCUUUAUCUUUUGCUGUUAAGGAAACGAACAAUAGCUAUGGAUGCUUCUUGUUUAGAGGUUCUAUUCGACCCAUCAAAAUGCAGCAAGCUGAGCAUAGAUCAAAAGCGAGAACUCGUUCAUGAACUCUCAAAGUGGUCAGAUGGAGCCAUCGAAAUUCUACACACUUGGAGCCGACAUGAUAUACUUCAGAUUCUCUGUGCCGAGCUCGGCAAAGAACGAAAGUACACCGGCCUAAACAAAACCAAAAUAAUCGAACAACUUCUCAAAAUCAUCCAAGAAAAGAAAAGAGAUUCAAAUUCAACUGCUCCCGAAAUAAUACAACAGCCUCUGUCAGAAAACGACGAGACCAUGAAUGUGGGCCCACAUGACAUCACCACGGUGCAUUAUUGCAAGAAUUCUGCUUGCCGGGCUAAAAUGAGCCGUGAGGAUGCAUUUUGCAAGAGGUGUUCGUGCUGCAUUUGUAGCGAGUAUGAUGAUAAUAAGGACCCUAGCCUUUGGUUGGUUUGCAAUUCGGAGUCUCCUUUUUGUUCUGUGUCCUGUGGGUUAUCGUGCCAUCUUGAAUGUGCCUUGCGGCAUAAGAAUUCUAAAGGGUCAUCGUUAGAUGGAAGCUUUUUUUGCGCAUCUUGUGGGAAAGUGAAUGAUUUGCUCGGCUCUUGGAAGAAGCAACUGAUUGUGGCUAAGGACACUAGACGAGUUGACAUAUUGUGCUAUAGGCUGUGUUUAGCCCAAAAGAUUCUUGAUGGUACUAAAUUAUACCAGAAUCUUCGUGUAAGCAUUGAUGAAGCAGUGAAGAAGCUCGAACAAGAAGUGGGCCCACUCACGGGCUUGCCAGUGAAGAUGGCCCGUGGUAUCGUUAACAGGCUUUCGUUGGGCCCUGAAAUUCAAAGACUCUGUGCUGAUGCUUUGAAGUCUCUGGACUUAAUGCUUUCUGCUAGAGAAUCUGAUACAUUUUCUGAUUGCACUGCACUCGCCUCGAAACUCGUCAGAAUCGAAGACGUAAAUAAUACUUCGUCAGUCACGGUGGAAAAUGAGACGACCAAUAACGUCAUGCCAUGUGGCAUUGACAAUUAUGAUAAAACCAGCGAACCGAAUUUGUCGAUCGACUGCUCGGAUAAUAUGACCAAUAAUAAAGUAAACACCUUGUCGAACGCAUUGCAAAUCACUCCUCAGAAGAUUGAGGAGAAGUUGAAAAGCGAAAACUUUUCCAAGAAAAAAAACAGGCGAAAAACCGAGCCUCAAGCUGGUGGUAGCUCGUCUAAAAAAAGAAGGGAUAAUCGAGAAGGGGAUUGUAAUGAUGAUGACAUUGAGGAAAAAAAGGAUUUCGAGUAUUACGUGAAAGUUAUCCGGCGAUUGGAGAGUGACGGUUAUAUUGAAACCGGUUUUAGGCAGAAGUUCUUGACGUGGUAUAGUAUGAGGGCAACUUCUCGAGAAGUUCGGGUUGUGAGAGUUUUUAUAGACACGUUUCUGGAAGAUUCCGAGUCGUUAGCUGGCCAACUUGUGGAUGCAUUCUCGGAUUUCGUUUCGGAUAAGAAGUGCUCGAGCUCGAGUUCGAUCGUGCCAGUCGGUUUUUGCAAGAAGUUGUGGCAUUGAACUU